CCCCUUCUCCACUUGGCGAACAACACAACAAGCACUGUAUUUACCAGUCUGCCUUCAGAAAGACGACCCGGUUGGAGCACAGACACUAAAGCUGACUGGACUCUAUUUGGAGCUUUCAGAUAACGUGGACAACACCUUGAAUUUCAGCGAAGAACUUCCUUUUUUCCUCUUUAACCUUCUCCUCCUUCUCCUUCCUUUGGAUUAGUUCGACUCUAUUUUAAAUUGAUUUUUGGUGCCAACCUCGAGGACUUUUUCUGUCCUGUUUGACUUUGACCUUCUCUAUUCUCUGCUGUGCUGGAGCUGUAUCCUCCUGUGAAUGCUGAAGUUGGUGGGUGACCCUCAGAAAAGAGGAGGUGAAGUGGUAACCAUGUGGAUCCCGACCCCCAGCAUGACUCUCCCUCAGCGGAUGGUGCUGUACGGGACGUGCAUUGUGGCGUUGAUGAACUCUGUGGGCCUCCUAGUGCUCUUGGUCCAGCAGAAUCAGCAGCGUGUCUUGCUGGAGCAGACAGGGGCAAAGCUGACAGAGGUGGAGCAGAGCUCCGUGGUGGAGUUCCUCCAGGAGGUGCCGAGAGGAGCGGCGGGGAUGCGGGCCAGUGCGGGGCACCAGCCUCAGUAUCAGUACCAGUACUCGAGGAAUAAGAGAAGUGAAGAGCUGGAGAAGGAGCUACAGCAAGAGGUGCAGGAGAUUCCCCAGGAGGAUGAACAGGAGGUCAGUCAGCAGGAGGUCAGCCAGGAGGUGGGAGAGGAAGCAGAGAAGAAGAUGAAGAAUGAGAUGAAGCACAAGCACCGACACAGCCAGAGUUACCACAAGGCGCACGUGCAGGAUGACAUGAUGAUGAUGAUGACUUACUCCAUGGUGCCGAUAAAAUUGCUGAUCGACAUUUGCAACAGCACCAAAGGAGUCUGCAUCGCCGGACCACCGGGACCGCCUGGUUUGCCCGGUGCGGAUGGUAUGCCCGGCCACAAUGGGACUGAUGGCAUCCCAGGAGUGAAUGGAGUGCCCGGGGCUGAUGGGAAAAGAGGAAAAAAAGGUGAGAAAGGAGAACCUGGUGAAAAAGGAGAGCGAGGAGAAGCUGGUCCGCCUGGAGAGAAGGGACAACCAUCCAAUGAUGUCAUUAUUGAGGGCCCUCCUGGUCCUCCAGGUCCUCCUGGUCCCCCAGGACCUCCUGGUCCUCAGGGGCCUCCCAGAACAAGGCACCACAGAGCCAACCUUCAGGCGGCUCAUACCCUGGGGCUGUUACACGCAAUUCCAAAUGAUGAGACCUCAUCUGUAAAGGAGGCUGUGAAGCUACACGGGAAACCUGUUAAGAAGAACGAGUGCCUGAUUAAGUCUCUGAUCAACCCCAGGAAUGUGUCAAAGAUGGAGAGCACAUUUGGCACGUGGAUGAAAGACACCGCUCAGCUGAAUGAUGAGCGAAUCUGGGUGGCAGAACACUUUUCUGGUCGUGUGGUGAAGGAGUAUAAAAGUAUCGCCUCCUUCCAGAACAGCAGCAGCGACACUGUGGAUGUUAGAAAGUUCUACCAGGGCUGCGGCCACACUGUUCACAACGGUUCCUUCUAUUAUCACAUCGCCGGUACUUCCAGCAUUGCCAGAUUUGACUUCACCACCAAGAGGCUUCACACUCUUACCAUAGAAAAUGCUCUGUACCACAAUCUCGCCUACCUGCUCCACAACUCCAAGACCUACUUCAAACUGGCAGCAGACGAGAACGGCUUGUGGCUGAUCUUUGCCUCCAGCAUAGAUGAAAGCAUCACGGUGGCCCAGCUGGACCAGAAGACCUUCUCCGUCACUUCCUACAUAAACACCACCUACCCCCGCACCAAGGCUGGCAACGCCUUCAUCGCCUGCGGCGUCCUGUACGUCACCGACACCAAAGACACCAGAGUCACCUUUGCUUUUGACCUGCUGAAGGGAAAGCCGGUGAACGUGACCUUUGACUUGAGGUCUCCAGGCGGAGUGCUGGCGAUGCUCUCCUACAGCCCGAAGGACAGACACCUGUAUGUGUGGGACCACGGCUACGUUAAGCUCUACGUGGUCCACUUCAUCUCAGACGAGUGAAAAACACACCAUCUGAACACGACAGACAACAUGCAGGCGUGACUGUUACGUAGUGAGAGCCAAAUGCCUGCUGACUGCCAACUACUCACUCCAUCUUUGGAAAUGAUUAAAUUUAGGUUUUUGAGACAGAUGUACACUAGGCUUGGGCUGUAUCAUGGUAUUAUUGUAUUCUGGGGAAUUUAAAAAUCCAGACAUGAUUUUCAAAUCCAUCAAAAAUACAGACGCUCUUCUUAGUAUUAAACUGAUACGGAGAUGCUGUAUUGAGGCGAUGUAUUGUAGUGCACAGCAAGCACCACCAGAGGUCAGUCUCUACUGGUGGAACAGGCAGUCGAGCUGAGAAUGAUGGUGACAGUGAAUGGAAGGGAUAACGUUACAGGACUAGUAAGAAAGAAAAAAUGCCUCUGCCCUUGUUUGGGAGUAUUGCCACAUAUAACUUUACCUUGAAAUGACUCCCCCCAACUAAAAAAAAACAGUUUCUUAGACACAUGAUGUUAUCUAACACAUCAUCUCUGUUCAGCCCAUUGACGUGUGUCAUCAGGUCCGUCAGCAAGAAGGGCGCUAGUUUCCUAUUUAUUCAUUGUUCUACGGGUCGUCAAUAUUUAAGCCAAGCAAGACUUGUUUAAGUAGGCUACUUGCGUAUUAGAAACACAACAUUGUAGGCUAAACAACGGCUAAUGACUUAGUUUAAACGCACAAAAUAUUCCUGUUUUUCUGAAAAUGAAUAUUCCACUAAUAUUCCCGUUUACAUGCAGCUGUGCAUUCUCUGAUUAAAGUGCCCUAAUGUGUCGAUUAUCACAUUAAAAUACAGAAAAGUGGAACAGCUGGAGCUGCUUGUCAUUUUGCUUCCUUGCAUCAAAAUAGGAUUUCUUCAAAGUUUUCGAGCGUGACCAUGCGAACACUGCCUCUCUCUUUCAUUCCUUCAGCCACCUUCUUGAAAAGGUCAGCAUUGCAAUAUUUGCGUAUAUUCGAAAAUCUGUUGAU